AUGCUUGCAAAGGAAUCACCUCAGCUAGCACUGGUCGUGGGAAAGGAUGCCAAAGUGAAGGAAUUCGCAGCACUUCUUAGAAAAUUGCAGGAAAUAAAUCAUGGCAUUGACGGUGUCAGGGUCGUGGAGACUGGUGAUAUCGUAAUUCACCCAAAAUCUUCUGCUACUUUUAAGGAUGACGUAAUUCAAACUCUCGAAAUCGUCUGCAAGGACGUGACUGUAAAAACUGCGGAUGACUUAAAAGCCAGUCUAUCCAUUCCCAUUUUUGAAGAUAACACAGUGGUACCCUGGUUUCCGCGACACAUUUCUGAACUGGACGCGGUCUCCAACAACGUCUUUAUGUAUGGAAAGGAUCUAGAUGCUGACCACCCGAGUUUUAAGGACGAGGCAUAUAGAAAACGGAGAAUGGAAUUCGCCAAAAUUGCUUACAAUUACCGCUAUGGCGAUACAAUUCCCCGUAUUGAGUACACAAAGGAAGAACGGAAGACGUGGGGUAUAGUUUAUCGUGCAUUAAUGGAGCUUUAUCGUACCCACGCCUGUAAGGAGCACUUGGAGAACAUUCCCCUUCUUCAGGAACACGCAGGCUAUCGGGAGGAGGAUUUGCCCCAACUGGAGGAUGUCUCCAACUUUCUCAAAAAGCAGUCGGGAUUCACAUUGCGUCCGGUUGCGGGCUACAUUUCUGCUCGAGACUUUCUUCAAGGCUUGGCCUAUCGUGUAUUCUACUGCACUCAGUACAUUCGUCAUGAAGCGGACCCCUUCUAUACCCCUGAACCAGAUUGCAUUCACGAAUUGAUGGGGCACGUACCACUACUGGCAAAUCUGGAGUUUGCUCAGUACUCCCAGGAGUUGGGUCUCGCCUCUCUGGGUGUCUCCGAAGAAGACGUUCAAAAACUAGCCAAGCUCUACUUCUUCUCUGUGGAAUUUGGAAUCUGCAAUCAGGACGGAGAACUGCGCGCCUUCGGGGCUGGACUGCUGUCUUCUGUGGCUGAAUUAAAGCACGCAUUAAGCGAUGCCGCAGUGAGGAUGCCCUUCAUCCCCGAAGAGGUCAUCAAGGCGGAAUGCAUGGUGACAACCUACCAAAAGGCCUACUUCACAACCAGUACAUUCAGGGAGGCACAGGACAAAUUAAGACACUUUGUUCAAAGCCUUCGUAGACCGUUUGCCCUUCGAUACAAUGCUCUUUCGGAGACUGUGGAGGUGUUGGAUGAACCAAGAAAGCUUGGAAUGCUAUUAAAAGAAAUGAAGGGCCAAAUAUCAACUUUGGAGGAUGCGGUGAAUCAGUUCUCCGACCGUCAAGCCCUUGGAUCCACGGCACCGUGGAGGAUGGCAGAGCCAAAAACGUUCACUUAA